AUGAGGAGCAACAACAGCCUGAAUCCUCUCUACUUUCAGUUGACUCUGUUUUCAGAUUACGGGCCCCUCAAAUAUCUGUUCUUCAGUCUUUGUCUGUUGGCCUACAUGACUAUAAUCUCUGCUAAUGCUGUCAUUAUUCUGACAGUCUUCCUGGAGAAGUCUCUGCAUCAGCCCAUGUAUAUAUUCAUCUGCUGUCUGUCUUUAAACUCUCUGUACGGCUCAGCCGGCUUCUUCCCCAGGUUUCUGAUGGACAUACUGUCCGACACUCAUUUGAUCUCACGUCCAUUCUGUUUCAUCCAGAUGUAUGUUAUUUACACAUAUGCAUCAUAUGAAUUGACUAUUCUCGGCAUCAUGGCCUACGAUAGAUUUGUUGCUAUUUGCCAGCCUUUGCACUAUCACAGUAAAAUGACGUUCAGGAUGGUGAGACAUCUUUUGAGUUUUGCUGUGCUCUCCCCUGCAUUUGCAUGUGGCCUCUGUCUCUAUCUCACUGUCCGACUGCCUUUGUGUGGGAAUAAACUGCACAGGAUUUUGUGCUCUAACUGGUCUGUGGUUCGACUGUCCUGUGUGGACAUGACCGCAAACAACAUACUAGGUCGCAUAGUUACUGUAACAACCAUCUUCCUCCCCCUGCUCUUUGUCCUGUACAGCUACCUGCGCAUUCUGCUCGUCUGCAGCAGAAGCUCGUCUGAAUUCAGAGGAAAGGCGUUACAGACCUGCCUGCCUCACAUCCUGACAUUUAUGACUUUUUCUUUCUCUCUCUUCUGUGAACUUUCACUGAGUCGUUUAGAAGCUCAUCAAGUUAAUCCAUUUGUCAUUGUUGUUUUAUCUCUAGAGUUUUUGAUCAUUCCCCCCAUUAAUAACCCUCUGGUUUACGGCCUGAAUCUGCCCCAGAUCAGAGGAGUGGUUUUUAGGUUUUUUAAGAUGCGCAAAAUAGUUCCUGCAUAA